CCCUCCCCCAUCAACUGCCCCCUCCCCUCAGGGCACCGCGAACGCGCACGCGCGCGGAAUCGGGUGGGAAUGGCUGUUGUCUUAUCGGGGGGUUGGGCCGCUAGGAGCGAAGGGAGAGUUAAAGAGUUUUUAAUGUCCGCCAUGUUGGCCAUGGCGUAUUGAACCAGAGAGAGAGAGCGGAGCGACUGAAAAAGGAGACCGAGAGAGAGCGACCAAGAUCCGGGCCUUCCCGGCUCCGUUCGCAUCGCCAUUUAUAUAUUUUUGUAACCAAUCGAACGAUAGACUCCUGGGGACCGCAACCGAUUCAUCCAUGAGAACUAUAAUUGAGACUGUUGUGAAUUUUAGGGGAUCGGAUAGAUUUAUGCUGCAUCUUUAAUUAUAAAAAUGAGUAAAUUGUCGUUUCGGGCACGGGCGCUGGACGCUACCAAGCCGCUGCCCGUCUUCCGCUGCGAGGACUUACCAGAUCUGCACGAAUAUGCCUCUAUUAAUCGGGCCGUGCCACAGAUGCCGACUGGGAUGGAGAAGGAGGAGGAAUCGGAACACCAUCUCCAGCGGGCCAUCUCGGCACAGCAGGUUUAUGGAGAGAAACGGGAUAAUAUGGUCAUUCCCGUUCCGGAGGCCGAGAGCAACAUCGCCUACUAUGAGUCUCUGUACCCGGGGGAGUUCAAGAUGCCAAAGCAGCUUAUUCACUUGCAGCCCUUCAGCCUGGAUGCAGAGCAACCGGACUAUGACCUGGACACAGAGGAUGAGGCUUUCGUGAACAAGCUGAAGAAGAAGCUGGAGAUCACGCCUCUGCAGUUUGAGGAGAUGAUGGACCGUUUGGAAAAGGGCAGCGGACAGCAGCUGGUGACCCUGCAGGAGGCCAAGCUGCUGCUGAAGGAGGACGACGAGCUGAUCCGGGAGGUGUUCGACUACUGGACCCGCAAGAGGAAAAGCUGCAAGAGCGCCUCCCUCAUCCCCACCGUCAAGCAGGAGAAGCGCGACGGCUCCAGCACCAACGACCCCUACGUCGCCUUCCGCCGGAGGACCGAGAAGAUGCAGACGCGCAAGAACCGCAAGAACGACGAGGCGUCGUACGAGAAGAUGCUGAAGCUGCGCCGGGACCUGAGCCGGGCCGUCACCAUCCUGGAGAUGAUCAAGAGGAGGGAGAAGAGCAAGAGGGAGCUGCUGCACCUGACGCUGGAGAUCGUGGAGAAGAGGUACAGCAUCGCGGACUUCGGCGGAGAGAUCAUGGCGGAGGUGCUGGCGCAGAGAGCGCUGGUGAAGCCCGCCUUCACCGUGCCCAUCAUUCCCCUGUCCAGCAGCGCUCAGUUCAGACUGCAGGACCACAUGGAACUGAAGGAGUACAAGGCCAAGCCGGAGAAGACCGAAGUGGUCCGAACGAAGCGGAAGUACGAGAAGAAGAAGCCCAAAGUCUUGCCUUCGUCCAGCGCUCCUGUGCAGUCGGGGCCGUCCGUGUUCAACCCUAAGGACCUAAACCAGUACGACUUCCCCAGCUCCGACGACGAGCCCUUCCCCCAGGUUCAUUCAGGAUCCUCCGAAGCCGAGGAGGAGAACGACCCGGACGGCUCCUUCGCUUUCCGGAGGAAGGCCGGCUGUCAGUACUACGCUCCUCGGUUGGACCAAAGCGGCGGCUGGCCGUGGAGCAGCCCCUCGGAGGGCGGGCCGGGCGACGUGCGCUUCAGAUACUCCCUCACCACGCUGACGGUGCCCAGGCGGUGCAUGGGGCUGGCACGCCGCCGCGUCGGCCGGGGGGGCAGGGUUUUGCUGGACAGAGCGCUCACGGAUUUCGACAGCGUCUUUCAUGGGCUGGAUCCGGAUAGGCCCGCCUCCCCCCCGCCCUCUCCGGUCAACACGUUCCCCAGUACCUCAGAAACGAAUACCUCGGACGGAAGCCCUUCUCCAGACCUCAGUCAGAUACUGUUGAACAUUAAGUCCUGUCGAUGGAGGCACUUUAGGCCCCGGACGCUACCACUACACGACCCCGAGGACGCCUGCUCCAGGAGGCUUCACAGGGGCCUGGCCGGGACCCCCUCGGCGCAGUCCGGAACUGGCGGGACCCCCUCCAGCAGCCGAAAUGGCCCUGGCGCCCCUCCCGUCGCUGCGUUCACAGCAGAGCAAUACCAGCAGCAUCAAGAGCAACUGGCACUGAUGCAGAAACAGCAACUGGAGCAGAUCCAACUGCAACAAGCCAACAAUGUGUCUGCCAGCAACAGCGUGCAGGGUUUGAUAUCAAAGACGUUGGAUUCCAUCAGCGCCCAGUUUGCUGCCUCGGCCUUGGUGACCACAGACCAGCUGACGGCCUUCAAAGCCAAGGAGGAGGUGGUUCUGGGUAUUGGAGUCAACGGUGUCCUUCAGGCCUCAGGAGUAUACAAGGGCUUAAACCUCAGUAGCACGACGCCCCCUUCUCUUCACACGAGCCAGUCGACCAUGACGACAGCGGGUCCCACCUUCCUCCAGCCCUCCGGCGCCGCCGCCGCCGCCACCCCCACCCAGACUUCGAGCUCCCACGGAACCGCUGCCAACUCCACUUCUCAGGUCCUGAUGGGGAGCAGCCUCCGCCUCAGCAUGCCCUCGCCAGCGGGCGCCGUCAACUCCAUCGCCAACCUGAACGCACGGCACAUACCCAGGACUCUAAACGCGGUUCCGCCUUCUGCCUUAAAGCUGGCCGCCACUACCAACUGUCAAAUGCCCAAGGUCCCGGCCUCCUCUUCCAUGGACCUGGUACCAAGAGAAAAUCACGAUCAAGAAAAGUCGGCACUAAACAGUAUAGCGGACAAUACGAUGGCCAUGGAAGUCACGUAGUGUCUGCAUGCAGAGGGGCGCACCUCGGCUUCACUCAUCUAGGUGCUAUGCAUCAUAGCAUUGCGAAUGCAAGGGACGGCGGGACGCAGCACGUCGUGUUUCCAUGGCAACUGUUGGGACUUAAUUGCAAUUCUCAUCUCUCAUGCUUUUAAUUUUUAUUUUUUUAUUUGUUACUGUUAAUAAGAGGAAUCAACAUCUGUAAAUUAUGAAUAUGACAAUUAUAUGUACAGUACUGCAUAUUUGUAAUACCCCCUUGUAUAUACGUUACUUGAAUACAGAAACUGUUCAUUUGUGAUGUUUUGCACUUGGGAAAAAAAAAAUUCGAAAAAAUAGAAACUGGUGAGUGUGAGAUGUGAGAGUUGUAUAGCGAAGAAACGUCACCACAUCACGUGCAUGGUGCGGAACCUGCUGUUUUAUCUAUUUAUUGUGCUGUGUUUACAGGUUUUUUUUUUUGUUUGUUUUUUUAUUUUUGUUUUUGUUUUGUUCUCUUGUUUUUUUUUUUUUGUACACUGUACCUUCAUUGGUUCCUGUGCUGUAGUAAAUGUUAGGUAGCUAUGGACUCCUGUAUUUUGUAUAUUGUGGAACAUGACUAGGGUUCCCUCUGGGGUUCCUCUGUUUUCUGUGUAUCAUGUGGAGGCAAUGGUGAAAUACAUACAGAAUUGGACACGGUGGAUUCAAGGCAUCGGUUUGUUCAUGGGUUUGAUCUUACAUACUGGUAUCUUCCAUAUAUGUAGUCCCAAGACAAGUAACAAAACGAGGGAUGAAGUCUCUUCCCAGAAGCCAAUGCUGCUUCUCAAUUAACUAAGCACUAUUUUUUUUAAAUCAUUGCUGCUUUUAUACAAUUAGUCUCUAGUUUUCAUAAAACGGAGUCCCUAAUACCUUAGUUGUUUUUUAUCCCUUUUUUUUUCUUUUGUAAGGUUUAAAAACAAAUUGAGUUAUUUUUGUAUCUUUUUGUUCUUGUGGUAAUGAUUGUAUGCUUCUUGUAUUGAAAGACUUCAUUCUUUUGUUACUUGUUCAUAAAGAAAGGAUAUAAGGGAGAUGAAUGGCAGUAAUUGCUGUACGUGUAUCAUCAUUCCAAUUUCUAAAAAAAAAAAAAAAAAAGAAAAGAAAGAAAGAAAAAAGCCAGCUUUUCCUUUUUAAACUUCUCCAGAAGGCUGCAAGGCCAGAGCCACAAGUAUCGGGUGCCUUCCUUUGGAAAUAUGAGCUCUCUUCUGUGAAGAGUAUGGUACUAAACAGUGCUACAAGUAGUUUUGUCACAGUACCAGAAUCAGAAUGCCCAGUCCAAUGGCAUAAUUUAUCCUUGAGGUUUUCUAGUCCCACCUGGAAGAUGAAAAAUGUGACCGAACUCUCACAAAAAAUAAACCCCAGGGCAUUAUAUGUUGACCAGCA